UCAACAUUACCAUCAACCGCGCGCGCUGUUCCAAUCAGUUUCAGCUGUCCAGCCAACGCAAAUCCGUUACUCGUUCACCAUGGCCUAUCUAGAAACGUCCGGUUUGUUUUCGAGGUGGUUAAACUUAUCAUCAAGUGUACUUGCCCUUCUGGUGACCUCCGAAGCUCCUUCCCUAUCUCUCGCCACCGAUUCCAGCAGAGGCGGACUUCUCCUUUCCAUCCUCGGCGGUCAACCGCGUGUUCUUGCUUUGCUAUUGGCGGGCCUAGUGUACACAGCCCUAAUGCCGAUAGCUGCCGUUGCAUUGCUCGUCUUUCGCCGACGCGUCGAAAGUCGUUUGCAGGAUGUGACACAACGGGGCAACUUCGCCUGGUAUGCGUAUUCGGUGGCUCUCUCCAUCAUCGUUAUCACGGGUAUCGUAACAGCGCUCACAGCUUACCACAGUCGUUCUAUCUUCACAGAAGCCCUCAUUGCAGCCCCCGAAAACUGGAAGAGUAACCUGGUUGCUGUACAACAAUUCGUCAAUUCGACUGGAAAACAGUUGUCAGAUGUAAAGCGAGAAGCCGCCGCUGUGCGACUGAAGUACGCUACCCAUGUUCUGGAUACUAAUUUCACGGACCUAUUCCAGCAGAGCUUGGCCGACGCUGUUGCCAAGGAUUUGAAUGUGACUACGAAUUGCUCGACCGCAAUAAGGACGCUUGGGCGAAGGCUUCAACGGGAAGGUUUAAGAGGUUUAGGUGGAGCACUCAUAGACGCGGCGGAAUGGUGCACACACCUAGAAAACGGCCGAAAUGAUUUGCUGCGGUCCACCGCAGAAAAGGUGGAUAAUUCGACCAAGCGCCUUCGAUCUCAUGUCUUGGAAAAGCUUCGCGCCCAAACAUCUUCUCCGGAUACAUACUUAGCAGACGUGAAGAAGGCACUGAUGGGACUGGACCGAGCGAAACAGCGAGCUCAAGCAGCUCUUUGCUCUUCGGAUAACGGGCUAUUGGGCAUGCUGGCACGUGCUGCUUUACGUCAUGGAGGUUUAUUGGAAGCGCUAAACAUUUGCAUUUUAGCGGCGCUGGCAGUAGCGGCUAUAGUUAAUGUGGCUCUCAGGCACGCAGGUGCGCCGUUGACUGAACGCGGCCUGUUGUCUCACGUGUCUGGAGUCAGCCUCACUAUAAUGACAUGGCCUUUACUCUUUUUCUGCUUCGUCGGAACACCAAUGGCUCUUGGGAUCCUCCUCGUUGACGUUGGCAUGCAAUGUCACGUGUGCUAUCCGUAUCGUCAACAAAACUGGAGCAAGCUAGACGCCUUUGCCUCCGCUCUGUGGCCGCGCGAAGAACGAGGUGACACCUUCGAUUACCUGACGCCAACGUUCCUCGCGACGCGUUGUGGAUCCGUGAUGAGCAACGCGUCGAGCCCGCCGGGUUCUCCACCAGCCCAGACACCGAUACUGAAACAUGCCGUUGGGCUGAUUGACAUCGAUUCAGACAUACCAUCUUGGAACGAUGAGCAAUCGGGCUUCUCCAAGCAAGUCGGCAGUUUGCUGCAAUCCAGUUUAUCCUAUACGUGGUUGCCUUUGUCUGUGAGACACGAUGUCAGCUCACUGCUGACUGAAUUUUCAAAUCCUGAUACAGUUGCUCGCCAAACACCGAAAGCUUAUCAAGGAGUUCUGCGCGCGUUUUUAUCGCGCUACUAUAGCGACUACAUGAAAGGAGCGACUAUUCGUAUUACAAAAAGCUCGCAAGAAGCCCGUCUCAAAUAUGGCGCGUGUAAUGUGCUGAGAGGAGGAUUUGAGAUAUCACUGAGCUCGUUGUGCGGUCCCUUGCAGAAAGGUUUGACAGGUUACUGGUUUGCGCUAUCUUUGAAUAUACUGCGGUAUACAGCAGCGGUGGCUCUCUGCUUGGGCAUAUCCAAAUUCCUACUACGAAUGAAAUCUGAUACUUGUCAAGGCACAGCAGAUGUUGAGAACUGGAGAAUUAUUAACUGGGCCGAGCGGUUGCCACAAAAGGAUUUGUCUGCCCGGAUUGACCAUCGUGAUCACGUAGGAAGACGACGGUCGCGGAAGAAGCACGUAAACCGGUCUGGCGGUGACCUGGAACGCAUUUGGAUGGCCCAUCACCAGGAACCAGAUGGUACCCGCCUCCCUGUCAAGGUCCUUCCUAGCGAGUUCGUGCUCCCGGAGAGGAUAGCAAAGAAGUGGCUACGCGAAGAGAGCGCACCAGACCGCGCGCAAAAGCAGGCAGCAUCGAGAAGUCCAAAGAACAGGAUCCCACAAAGAGAACGAAGCAUGCCGAGACAAUGGAGCUCAGCGAAGCACAAAAGUCCAAGAAAAGACUAUGGUUCUUCAAGGGAACGGAGCGUCACAAAGAAUGACAGUUCUACAAAACAUCGAGGCGUGACAUGGGAUCGUAUUCCUGCACCAGGUCACCUUCACACCAGGAAUGCAGAAGGAUGGGCACCGCAGCGUGAACGCUUCUGGCCGUCAGAAGAAUCAUCUCUCGAGGAACGACCGUCUUCACCUUUUCGCAGUCCGUACGGUUUCAGUGAGGGCUUCAGCGAAACUGACUUGCGUACAAGAAUGCAGCAAUUCAACAAAGAGCAGCUGCCCUGGCGAUAAGCGUAAUCUGCUCCGCAUAUCUUCGCUAGCCACCUUUUCGUCUGGAGAUAUUCACCUCCUAUAUUGUAUUAAAGGGUACUCAGCUA